CAAGAAGUAUUUCUUUCGUUAAGAAGUGGACAGCGAAAAAAGUCUCUGUCCUCAAACACCCCCUCCUCACACACAAAAUUCAUUAACAACAAUAAUCGCGGCGGCGAACGACGGGAAUAAUCUAAUCACAUCUGUGUGUUCAGUGAGUCACCUUGGUUUGGAUCGUGAGCUCUCUAUCUGUUCUCCCUCGUCGUCCUUUGAUUCCCCAUCCCAAUAGACGCCAUGAUUGCCCAGCAAAGAAGUUUAUCAGGUUCAUCACAGAGCCCUAGAUCUCCAUCUUCACAACCAUAUCUAUCGGUCUCUGUCACUGAUCCUGCUAAGAUGGGCACUGGCGUCCAAGCUUAUAUCUCCUAUAAGGUCAUCACCAAGACGAAUUUUCCUGAGUACCAAGGGCCAGAGAAGAUUGUUAUUCGACGUUAUACUGAUUUUGUUUGGUUACGUGAUCGUCUUUUUGAGAAGUACAAGGGUAUUUUCAUUCCUCCUCUUCCCGAGAAGAGCACCGUAGAGAAGUUUAGAUUCAGUGCUGAAUUUAUUGAGAUGAGACGUCAGGCGUUGGAUAUAUUUGUUAAUCGGAUAGCUUCACAUCACGAGCUUCAGCAAAGCGAGGAUUUGAGAACCUUUUUGCAGGCAGAUGAACAGACAAUGGAGAGGGCAAGGUCUCAAGAGACUGGCAUUUUUAAGAGAAAGCCAGCGGAUUUGAUGCAAAUCUUUAAGGAUGUACAAUCUAAAGUGAGUGACGUUGUUCUUGGAAAGGAAAAGCCAGUGGAAGAAUCGAGUCCUGAAUAUGAGAAACUGAAACAUUAUAUCUUUGAGCUUGAAGAUCACUUAGCUGAAGCUCAGAAGCAUGCAUAUCGUCUGGUGAAGAGGCACAGAGAGCUCGGGCAAUCUCUGUCAGAUUUUGGAAGGGCAGUCAAGCUUCUUGGUUCUUGUGAAGGAAAUGCUCUUGGGAAGGCAUUCUCAGAGCUUGGGGGGAAGUCAGAGAUAUUAUCAGUUAAGCUGCAAAAGGAGGCCCACCACCUCUUGAUGAAUUUUGAAGAACCCUUGAAAGACUAUGUCCGUGCUGUGCAAUCUAUCAAGGCGACAAUAGCGGAAAGAGCUAAUGCUUUCAGGCAGCAAUGUGAACUGGCUGAAACACUUAAGCUGAAGGAAAUAGAUCUAAAUAAACUCAGGCUAACACGAUCAGAAAAGAUGUUAGAUGCUGAGCGUGAAUAUGAAGAGCUAAAGGCAGACAGUGAGGAAGCAACAAGAAGAUUUGAGACGAUCGUGCGGCUAAUGAAUGAAGAGAUUGUGCGUUUUCAAGAACAGAAAACACUAGACAUGGGGCUCGCUUUCCAUGAAUUUGCAAAGGGACAAGCACGCCUGGCAAAUGGUAUUGCUGAUGCCUGGCGAAGUCUCCUUCCCAAGCUUGAAGCUUGCUCUUCUCCAUAACACAGAAACCCAAAAUCAGAAAGAAACUAUUGUUCUGCUAGGUGGUAGGAAUGGCAGAGGCUGAUCUUGCUUUAUAAAGAGUGGUACUAAAUUCAGAGUGUGAGAGUUGAUUCCGCUGUUCUAGUGUUGUAAGUUCGGUGAUUUUCCGUGGUUUUAUUUUAUUUUUUAAUCUUGUAUCUUACUCCAUAUAAGCAAAAAAAAAAAAAACUGAGUUCUAAAUAUUUUGGAAUACUGUUUAUGAAGCAAAAGUCAAAAAGAAUUUCAUUUGAAUCUUAA